CAGCUAUGAUCUGGACCCACAUCUGAUGAGUUGUACCACGUUUAUCAGACUGAAACACUACAGAAUAAAACUAUCCAGCUAUGAUCUGGACCCACAUCUGAUGAGUUGUACCACGUUUAUCAGACUGAAACACUACAGAAUAAAACUAUCCAGCUAUGAUCUGGACCCACAUCUGAUGAGUUGUACCACGUUUAUCAGACUGAAACACUACAGAAUAAAACUAUCCAGCUAUGAUCUGGACCCACAUCUGAUGAGUUGUACCAUGUUUAUCAGACUGAAACACUACAGAAUAAAACUAUCCAGCUAUGAUCUGGACCCACAUCUGAUGAGUUGUACCACGUUUAUCAGACUGAAACACUACAGAAUAAAACUAUCCAGCUAUGAUCUGGACCCACAUCUGAUGAGUUGUACCACGUUUAUCAGACUGAAACACUACAGAAUAAAACUAUCCAGCUAUGAUCUGGACCCACAUCUGAUGAGUUGUACCAUGUUUAUCAGACUGAAACACUACAGAAUAAAACUAUCCAGCUAUGAUCUGGACCCACAUCUGAUGAGUUGUACCACGUUUAUCAGACUGAAACACUACAGAAUAAAACUAUCCAGCUAUGAUCUGGUCCCACAUCUGAUGAGUUGUACCAUGUUUAUCAGACUGAAACACUACAGAAUAAAACUAUCCAGCUAUGAUCUGGUCCCACAUCUGAUGAGUUGUACCAUGUUUAUCAGACUGAAACACUACAGAAUAAAACUAUCCAGCUAUGAUCUGGACCCACAUCUGAUGAGUUGUACCACGUUUAUCAGACUGAAACACUACAGAAUAAAACUAUCCAGCUAUGAUCUGGACCCACAUCUGAUGAGUUGUACCACGUUUAUCAGACUGAAACACUACAGAAUAAAACUAUCCAGCUAUGAUCUGGACCCACAUCUGAUGAGUUGUACCACGUUUAUCAGACUGAAACACUACAGAAUAAAACUAUCCAGCUAUGAUCUGGACCCACAUCUGAUGAGUUGUACCACGUUUAUCAGACUGAAACACUACAGAAUAAAACUAUCCAGCUAUGAUCUGGACCCACAUCUGAUGAGUUGUACCACGUUUAUCAGACUGAAACACUACAGAAUAAAACUAUCCAGCUACGAUCUGGACCCACAUCUGAUGAGUUGUACCAUGUUUAUCAGACUGAAACACUACAGAAUAAAAAUAUCCAGCUAUGAUCUGGACCCACAUCUGAUGAGUUGUACCAUGUUUAUCAGACUGAAACACUACAGAAUAAAACUAUCCAGCUAUGAUCUGGACCCACAUCUGAUGAGUUGUACCACGUUUAUCAGACUGAAACACUACAGAAUAAAACUAUCCAGCUAUGAUCUGGACCCACAUCUGAUGAGUUGUACCAUGUUUAUCAGACUGAAACACUUUGUAGAGAAUAAAACUAUCCAGCUAUGA